AUUUUCAAGUGAAAGGUGCGUGUGGUAGAGAAAACUCAAAAUAUCCUUUAUAAUGAAAACAUACAUUAGUCUUUGCAUACUUUACCUAAGUUUCACUUUGUCUGCUCGAGCAUUUUUCUUCUUUGGAGAAAAUCGGGAACCCUACCUAUUUUGCAUAAAGGUCUGUCCAUUGUACUGCACGCCGAGGAGACAUGAUUUAGACGAAUCAUCUUUAAUUUAUGUUGAUGAACCUCCGCCUUUCAUUCCUGAUGAUUGGUAUCACCACCAUGAGGUACCAUAUCAUUUCGACCCAUAUUACUUCUGUAAGCCACCGAAACCUACCACCACAACAACAACACCUGCCCCUACUACGACGACUACAGAAGAACCCUCGGGGAUAUGUAUAUUUUGUAUGAAGAAAUGCACAAAGUAUCCUAAGUCAUAAAAUAAAUAUUACGAAAGCUAA